ACGCGGAAGAGAUCUAUCACUGGAGGCAGAUAUAGUACUAGAUCACGGAGAAGUGCUGGAAUCACCAUUGAAGGUCAGGUGAGCUCAAGCAGUCAAGGCUGAGGUUAUGGAGGCGCGGUUUUGCCAUAGAUAUGUGGACGUGCUCUUGUCCCCAUUUUUUGACAGCCCAGAUGAAGGCGAGCUGUUGCGAUGGACCAGCGUCACCAAUCAACAAGUUAAAGCUUUGGACUGCGGCUCCAUCUCGGAAAAGCGACCCGAUUACUGCAGCUCGGAGUUGGAUGGAUUGUACUUCGAUGUCUCGCUUGGCUUUGUAGUAGUUAAGCCAACUAGUCAGAGCAGCAACAAGCAGGCACCCUCAAAGGAUCUGGUGAGACUGGGGAUGCUUUCGAAAAAUGUGAUCGAGAGAGGAUUCAUUCGGUGCUGACGAAGAAGCCUGCUCUAGCAAUAAGGCUAGAAGCCUCACUGGACAUUAAAAUGGCGAGCCGCGGCACUAUUAUAACGUGGGGCGAUAUCUGUGGAGCUUGACAUUUGGACGAGG